AUGUCUCAAUCCAUCAAUGUUUCCACUCCCAGAAUAUUGCUCACAAACGACGAUGGGCCUCCCUCGCGGGAUUCCCCCUACAUUUAUGGCCUCUUUCGACAUUUGACAACCCAUCACGGCUGGGAUGUCAAAGUCGUCAUUCCAAGUUCUCAGAAGAGUUGGAUAGGUAAAGCGUAUCACAUCACGGAAAUCACCAAGGGUAGAUAUUACUACCCAAGAGAGCCUGAUGGCAUGGGCGAGAUAUCUGAAAUUUCUAGACCGUUGAAAGAUGGCGAAGUGGCCGAAUGGAUUCUCCUGGACGGCACCCCUGCAACCUGCGCUAACAUUGCGGUUCAUAAUAUAUACCCCGGACACUUCAACCUUGUGAUAAGCGGUCCUAAUCUCGGCCGAAACACAUCAUCUGCAUUUGCUCUCUCGUCGGGAACAAUUGGUGCUGCGCUCUCAUCAUCCUUAUCUCAGAUACGCUCGAUUGCUCUUUCGUACGGAACCGUCAUACAUCCAACACCUUCUACAUACUUCCAGCCUGCACAUCUCCUUGGUGCUAGCAUUGUCCGGCAUCUAUGGGAGAACUGGGGAGAAGACGAAGGUGGUUUGCGGGAUAAUGAAGUAGAUCUAUACAGCGUGAAUAUCCCUUUGAUAGAAGGAUUGCUGGCCGAAGAAGGUCUGAAGGUCUGUUGGACUCGCAUGUGGAGAAAUUCGUACGGCCGCCUCUUCAAGGAAAUUUCUGGAGACGCAGGAAGAACAAUAGAUCCUGCUGGACCCGAUUCGCUCGCUGCUCGACCUUCUGAUCUCGACAACUCGGGCAACCCCUCGUCUUCCAUACCAACAAGGAGUCUUACAUUCAAGUUUAAGCCUGACAUGAGGGGUUUGAUCACUCCAGACUCGACUUCGCUCCCAGUCGGUUCGGACGGCUGGGCAAUUCAUAACGGCUGGGUUAGCGUGACACCCCUACGAGCCAGCUUCGCUGAGCCAGACCAUGAAGAAAUCGCUAUUGAAGAGAAGGUGUGGAAGAUGAAGUUGUAA